AUGACUCGUCAUGCCCUUGUCCUUGGUGCAUCGGGUAUCUCUGGCUGGGCUCUCACCAAUCAACUCCUGCGUAAUUAUCCCCGACCAGGAGUUUGGAGCCAGAUCACGGCCCUCUCAAGAAAGCCUAUGAGCGAAGAGGAAUGUUUGCAUUGGCCCAAGGAUGAAAGGCUGAGACUUGUCUCUGAGUUUGAUGUCCAUAAUGACCCAGAGGAAGUGUUAAAGAGGAAGUUCAAAGAGAAAAUUCCCGAUGUUAAUACGGUGACACAGGUCUACUAUCUAGUCCAUGAUCCUCCUCCUAACCCCAACGACAAGGAUCCACAUGCAAUUAGCUUGAAUGCGCUGCGCAAGACCGUUACUAUUCUCGACAUGGAUUUUAAACAUCCUUUGCCACUUUCAGAAUCUCUUCCGCAGUUUCCGCCACCAUUUGGCGACGUGUUUGCGUUUUCCCGACUCAGCCGCUUCAUGGAAGAGUUUUCUGCCGACAAAGCCUGGAAAUGGUGCGAGGGAAGGCCGGGCGACAUAAUUGGUUUCGUUCCCCGACUCAACGUGUAUAACGCUGUUUAUCCAGUUGCGGCUUACCUCUCGCUGUAUGUGUACAUCAACGGCAGGGAAGCCGAGUGCCCCUUUCCGGGAAGUUUCGGAGUUUGGAAGGCUCUCAGCAACGAUAGUGGGGCAGAUAUGAUUGCAAAGGCGGCUAUCCACCUAUCCCUACUGCCUGAUCCAGCUAUUAAAGGCCAGGGUUUUAAUCUUGCGUCGUCUGAGACACCAUGGAGCUGGGACAUAAAAUGGCCCGCCAUAUGCUCCUGGUUUGGGCUUGUUGGCACACCUCAGCUAGACAAAUGGAAGGAUAGGACGGAGAGCAUGGGGCCCCAAGAAUAUGUGGAAGCCCACAAAAGUGAGUGGAAUAGGAUGGCAGAGGAAUACGGGUUGAAAGGCUGGACGGUUAUUUCACCGACAAUGGACCCCUCGGACAAAAAUUGGGCCUUGACCAAGCUCAAUGCUGAUGCACCACUCAGUCUCCAAAAGCUCAAGUCUACUGGAUUUAGUGAGGAGGAAGACCCGAAGGUUUCUUGGUUUACUGCACUAGAACGUAUGAGAAUCGCCAAAGUAAUCCCAUGA